GAGCGCUGAGUGUUACUUGGCAGUUAGCUAACUGUUAUUAUCUGUACUUAAUUGACAGAAGACUUUUUGUGCAUAACCCAAUGAUUAGCGCGUUGUUUACAUGCAGCAACAAUGAACGUGGGAUUGGGAUGUGAACAUGUACUCAUUGCAUUAUGUUGUUGUGCGAAGUCUUAGCUCCCACAGCUUUCCUCUGUCGAGGAAGUUGAAGCAAGCUAGCUAGUUACUAGCCAACUGCCUGCUAGGUCAAGCAACUUCUACGACUUUCGCCGCUUCACUAACAUAAUAAUGGGAAAUUACACGAUAUUUAUCUAAUUGCCUUUCCGCUCUUGCAUCCAGCGAGUAUGCCACAGGAUCACUUCAAAGUUACCAAAAUUGUUUUUGGAAGACGUCGCUAUUAUUGCUUUUUGUUCAUUGAAGCUGAGUUUUAAGACUGACUACAAAUAAAACGAAAUGGAGGUCUGCUUCAGGCUGCUGUCUCAAUGUGGUCUAUGGAGCACACUGGAACGAAAACCCGGGAUGUUCCCUGCCCUUUUUUCUCAUUGUUUGACUUGUGGACAUGUGCGUAGGUCAAGUCAUUUUGUCCGUCGGCCUCCUUUGCAUCAUUCCUGGGAAAGAUCAGCUACGGGUGGUUACCAGGGCUUGCUGUCGCAAAGGUCAAGUAGGAGCUCAUCUUUCCGUCGCCACAGAGUAACAGAGACCUCACAAGCAGCACUUUCUAGUGUGGUACCAGUAUUUGUAGUGAUGAAAUUUGACAAGGAAGGAACCGUGACCUCUUUUGAGAGAAAGAAGACAGAGCUGUACCAGGAGUUGUGUCUGCAGCCUCGAGACUUGAGGUUCCAGCACGUCACCAGCAUCAUGGCUAGGAACAACUGUAUCAUUGUCCGUAUGGAGUCUCUGAAAGCGGUGGUGACUCCACAGUGCCUGCUGGUCCUGGAUUUCCGCGGUAUGGGGCUGGAGCGCUGGCUGGUGCGGGAACUCGGGCCUCAGCUGGCUGGGGAUGGAGCCCUGGCCACCUACUCACUGCCCUUUGAGUUCAGAGCCAUAGAAGCUAUCCUGCAACACAGGGUGAACACACUGCAGGCCAGGCUGAACGAGGUACAGCCUCAGAUCCUGGACACACUUGAGUCUCUGGUUGACCCCAAGCUUCUGUCUGCAGACCGCAGUAAACUGCACAUACUUCUGCAGAACAGCAAGAGCCUAUCGGAGCUGGAGACAGACAUCAAAGUCUUCAGAGAGUCUCUGCUGAAAAUCCUGGACGAGGAAGAGCUUGUUGAUGAGCUAUGUCUCACUAAAUGGACAGACCCGCAAGUGUUUGAGGAGAGCAGCCUGGGAAUAGAUCAUGCAGAGGAGAUGGAGCUGCUGUUGGAGAACUACUACAUGCAGGCGGAGGACCUGGGCAAUAAGACACGAGAGCUUAAGGGCCUCAUUGAUGACUCUGAGAGUGUCAUCUUCAUCAACCUGGACAGCCACCGGAAUGUGAUGAUGCGGCUGAAUUUGCAGCUCACCAUGGGAACCUUCUCCGUCUCUCUCUUCGGCCUGAUGGGUGUGGCCUUUGGGAUGAACCUGGAGUCCUCAUUUGAAGAGGACCCGCGCGUGUUCUGGCUGGUGACGGGCUUCAUGUUCCUGGGAAGCGGCCUGAUCUGGAGGCGCCUGCUCUCCUUCCUGGGUCGGCACCUGGAGCCGUCCUCGCCACCCCCGAUCCCGUCCGUGUGGAAGAAGGGUCCGAUGAACAGCCUGAGGGCACUGGAAAGUAAGAGUGGUGGGAGAUGAGGGCAUAACCCCCCCAAUCAGUAACAAGCCUGUGUAACUAGCGUCAAGUAGGACUCCCUGCUACCACCUGCAUUUGCACAUAUCAAGCGAAAUCUGCCAUUGAAAGUUGUGUUUUAACUGUGUUAAAGAAAUUAAUUAUUUUUACAUUAAUUAAUAAUAGUUUAGUAUGUGUAUGAUACUACGUACUUCCUAUUACAUGCUAGUUUUUGUCAUCUGUAGCACAAGUAUUUAUUAUGAAUUGUUUUAUUGUACAAAAUAGAACAAUAUAAAAUUAGUAUAAAAUAUAAAAUGGAUCAAACAUUGUACAAAACGUUAUGUACAGUACCUGCUGAUUCAUUAAAGUCCUGUAAUUAUGUAUAUUACUGUGGAUUGAAGGGGAAGGGACUAUAGUCUGCAGGAGUCCUCAAUCCUGGUCCUGGACAGCCUCAGCAAUCAAAGCAGCUGAUUACACAAUAACUCUCCUCAGGUGGCUGAUGGGGUUAAUGUUAAAGCUAAACCUAUGAGAGACUGUGGCUCUGCAGGAGGAGAGUUGGUGAUUUCUGAUAUAGUGCCUUUUCUGAUCUAUUCUGAGCCUAAAUGUGACAGGGUUUCCCACAAUUGAUGCAAUUCCUUUUCACAGUGACAGCAGGUAUGUUCAAACGCUCAUUCUUGCACUCUGCUUAGGAAGGUCUCACAUAACAGAAAUGUAUUUAGCGAGUCUAUGCUACAGCAUAUUAUUUGAAAUACCUCUUGGUUUAUGAGGAGAGAAAUGCUUUCUGUCUGAUAUUGUAGCAGUACCUCUUAAUGUGUGGAAAUUAAUUAUAAGGGUUUAUAAUAAAAUCUUGAGGAGUCUCUGUGAAACAA